GGCUGGUCCAACCUGUUCUGCUGAAGCCAAGAAAUCAGAAUCCAGAGGUCAAGAGAAGAAAUGCUCAUGGGCGUCUUACAUGACUAACUCCCCCACCAUGAUUGUCAUGAUCGGCCUCCCUGCCAGAGGCAAGACGUACAUGUCAAAGAAACUCACGCGCUACCUCAACUGGAUUGGAGUUCCCACAAAGGUGUUUAACCUGGGGGUGUACCGGAGGGAAGCAGUUAAAGCGUACAAGUCUUAUGACUUCUUCAGACAUGACAAUAAGGAAGCCAUGAAGAUACGAAAACAGUGUGCCUUAGUGGCCCUGCAAGAUGUAAAGAUCUACCUGAAUGAGGAAAGUGGACAAAUAGCUGUAUUUGAUGCCACAAACACAACCCGGGAGAGGCGGGAUCUUAUAAUAUAUUUUGUACAGGAGAUUGCAUACAAGGUUUUUUUUGUGGAGUCAGUAUGUGAUGAUCCAGAGGUUAUUGCAGCUAACAUCCUGGAGGUCAAGGUUUCAAGUCCAGAUUAUCCAGAGACACACAGAGAGAGAGUCAUGGAUGAUUUCCUGAAACGCAUAGAAUGUUAUAAAGUUACUUACCAACCACUAGAUCCUGAUGAAUAUGACAAAAAUUUGUCCUUCAUUAAAGUGAUGAAUGUGGGCCGUCGGUUCCUGGUGAACCGUGUUCAGGACUACAUCCAGAGCAAGAUCAUCUACUACCUCAUGAACAUCCAUGUGCACUCGCACUCCAUCUACCUGUGCAGGCACGGAGAGAGCGAGCACAACAUCCAGGGCCGCAUUGGAGGAGAUUCUGAACUCUCUCCCCGAGGGAGACAGUUUGCAAGCGCCCUGUGUGAGUUCAUUGAGGAGCAUAAGCUGUCCAACUUGAAGGUUUGGACCAGCCAGUUAAGGAGAACCAUCCAGACAGCUGAAGAGCUGGGAGUUCCAUAUGAACAGUGGAAAAUCCUCAAUGAGAUAGAUGCUGGUGUAUGUGAGGAGAUGACCUAUGAAAUGAUCCUGAACACAUUCCCAGAAGAGUUUGUUUUAAGGGAUCAGGACAAAUACCACUACAGAUAUCCAGGAGGAGAGUCGUAUCAGGACCUGGUUCAGCGACUGGAGCCUGUGAUUAUGGAGCUUGAGAGACAAGGCAAUGUACUGGUGUCUUGUUCGCUAUUGAGAUGUGUGCUAAAGAUGAGCUGUGUGUGUAGGCAGUCUCUCUUUUAA